AUGGCCGGCCUACAGGCUCCACUCCUGGCUGCCCUUGUCCUCCUUGCUGUGGCUCUUCAAGCAACUGAGGCAGGCCCCUACGGUGCCAACGUGGAGGACAGCAUCUGCUGCAGGAGCUACAUCCGUCACCCCCUGCCUCUGCGGAUGCUGAAAUAUUUCUACUGGACCUCGGAUUCCUGCCGGAGGCCUGGCGUGGUUUUGCUAACCGCGAGGGACCGGGAGAUCUGUGCUGACCCCAGAAUGCCCUGGGUGAAGAAGAUUCUCGACAGGCUGAACAAAUGA